AUGCUCCGCGCGCUGUCCCGCCGCGGGCGAGAGCUCUCGCGUCACCGCGAGCGGUGCGCCGCGCUCCUGCCGUGGCGAGGCGCGGUCGACGAUCUUCGUCGUCGUCGCCUCCUCGUCGACGACGAACCCCUCGACGUCGCGCGCGCGGACGCGCGCGAGCGGCUUCGCUCGGACGCGUUCUUCUUCGCCCGUGACCGCGCGAGGGGCCUCCACGCCGCCGCGGGCGUCGUCGACCGCGCGCGCGUCGACCCCACGCCGCCGCCGUCGACGCGUCGCGCGCGUCGAAGCGUCCACGACGACCGACGCGCGUCGUCGUCGUCGUCGACGGAGGACGACGCGAAGACGCGCGCGCCGUCGCCGUCCUCCGCGUCGUCGUCCAUCCCCGCGCCGGAGGCGGAGCACACGUGGGUGGACCGCGCGCUCCCGCCCGCGCUCGCGCCGUACGCGAAGCUCGCGAGGAUCGACCGCCCGGUCGGGGUGUACCUCCUGAUGUGGCCGUGCUUCUGGUCCAUCGCCGUCGCCGCCGCGCCGGGGGCGGCGCCCGACCCCACGCUGCUCGCGCUCUUCGGCGCCGGGAGCGUCUUGCUGCGCGGUGCCGGGUGCACGAUAAACGAUAUGUGGGACAAGGACAUCGACAAGCUCGUCGCGCGGACGCGGAACCGACCGAUCGCGAGCGGGGCGGUGUCGCCGGCGGCGGCGACGGCGUUUCUCGGGGCGCAACUCGGCGCCGGUCUCGCCGUGCUCUUGCAGCUGAACGACUUCAGUAAACUCCUCGGCGCGUCCUCGCUCGCGCUCGUGGCGACGUACCCGCUGAUGAAAAGGAUAACGAACUGGCCGCAGGCAUUUUUAGGUUUAACGUUCAACUGGGGAGCGUUAUUAGGAUACGCCGCCGUGCACGGGACGUUGGACCCGUACGUCACGCUGCCCCUGUACCUCAGCGCCGCGAGUUGGACGUUACUCUACGACACGAUAUACGCGCACCAGGACAAGGACGACGACGCGCGCGUCGGCGUGAAGUCCACCGCGCUGCACUUCGGCGACGACACGAAGAAGUACCUCGCCGGGUUAGGAGCGCUGUCGACCGCGGGGCUGCUGACGUCGGGCGCCGCCGCCGGGCUGGGCGCGCCGUUUUACCUGGGCGUCUCCGCCGCGGCCGCGCACCUCGCGUGGCAGGUGCGCGACGUCGACUUGGACGACAGGGACGACUGCGCGAGGAAGUUUAAGAGCAACGGGACGUACGGGGGGUUGGUGUUCGCCGCGAUCGUCGCGGGGAAGCUCGCCGGCGCGGGUUGA